ACCGGGUUUGUAUACAGACUCUAGAAAACCCCUAGUUUCUAGAAAAUCUCCUCUCAUUUGUUUUCUUGCAUCAGGCCUUUUUCACGUUCUACUUCAGAAUCACCACUACAUUACUUCCAUUUCACAAUUAUCUCUGUUGUUAAAACAAGAAAAUUUUACUAUUACUCUGAGGUUUGUUUUAUCAUUUGUUUUGAUAUAUGCUAUAUGAGUAUAAUUUUCUUGAUUUUAGUUAUGUUUCUUUGUUAAAUUCAAGAGCUGGGGAGUGUGAGAUGUGAUCUUGCAGUCAUUUUAUUCUGAGUCAAGUCAUGGGUUGUGAUCAUUUUGAGUUUGGUAUUAAUAUUUUGUUGUGGUUGUGUAUUAGUUCACUUGUUUGUAGUCUCACCCACCCUGGUGAUUUUGCAAUUCUGGAUGAUUUUAGAAAUGGGUUGGAAAAUUCAGAGCUUCUGGAGUGGCCAAACAAGGGUGAUGACCCUUGUGGCCCUCCUCUUUGGCCUCAUGUCUUUUGUUCUGAUGGUAGAGUUACACAAAUUCAGGCUAAAAAUUUGGGCUUGAAGGGGCCUUUACCUCAGAACUUCAAUAUGCUCAUAAAACUUGAAAAUUUGGGUCUGCAGAAUAACAGACUAAAUGGUACAUUGCCUAGUUUUAGCGGGUUAUCAGAAUUGCAGUAUGCAUACUUGGAUUUCAAUGAGUUUGAUGCGAUCCCUUCGGAUUUCUUUCAUGGUCUAAGUAGUGUGAGGGUUCUUGCUUUAGACAGAAACCCGUUUAAUGCGAGUUCAGGAUGGUCUAUAUCUGAUGAGCUUCAAGAGUCAGCUCAACUGACAAAUUUUUCGUGUAGUGGUUGUAAUGUGGUUGGACCUUUGCCAGAUUUUUUCGGGACAAUGCCAUCUCUGUCUUUACUGAGGCUGGCAGAAAACAGAAUAUCUGGCAGUAUACCGGAGAGCUUUCGUGAGUCCAUGUUACAGAUUCUUUGGCUGAAUGGUCAAAGUGAUGGAGGAAUGACGGGCACAAUUGAUGUCAUUGGUUCGAUGACAGGACUGACUGAAGUAUUGCUUCAUGGUAAUCAGUUUUCUGGGACUAUCCCUGAAAGUAUUGGGGAUCUAACAUCUUUGCAACAACUUAACCUUAAUGGGAACAAAUUUGUUGGCUUGAUUCCGCCAGGUUUGGCAAAUUUGAAUUUACGGAAAUUGGAUUUGAGCAACAAUAUGCUUAUGGGUCCGAUCCCAAAGUUUAAAGCUUCUAACGUAACUUAUUCUUCAAAUUCGUUCUGUCAGUCUGAUCCUGGUGAGAAAUGUUCUCCUAGCGUAGAUGCAUUACUAGAUUUUCUCAGUGCUUCUGGGUUCCCUCCAAAUUUGGCUUCUCAAUGGUCUGGUAAUGAUCCAUGUCAACAGCCCUGGUUGGGUAUCGUAUGCAACUCAGAGUCCCAGGUUUCUCGAAUAAUUUUGCGUGGCUUCCAUCUUAAUGGCACAUUAAGUCCUUCACUUGCAAAUUUAGAUUCUCUACUCGAGAUUCACCUUGAUAGGAACAAUCUAAGUGGCACAGUCCCCUCAAAUAUAACGAAGUUAAAAUCUUUGCGAGUGUUAGAUUUAACCGGAAACAAUUUUGCACCUCCAUUGCCAAAGUUUCAUGAUAACGUGAAGAUCAUAAUAGAUGGCAAUCCUCAAUUAGUUGCUGCAAAAGGUGGGCAGCCACUUGUUGCUCCACUUGCCCCAUCUCCGGCUACUAGUCCAAAGGUAAGUCCAAGAUCACCAUCAAGCAAUUCCUCGGCAGGUAAUGUUGAUUCACAAAAACCAGACAGCCCACCUUCCCCAUCCAAAGCUUCAACUUUUGAUUCACCUGAUUCUUUCACACAGAAGAACGAGUCAAGUAAAGGCAAGAAAGUCAAGUAUGUCAUUGUUGCUGCCUCAAUUGUAUCUUCUAUGACUCUAAUUGUUCUUACAGCUCUUUUAUCUGUAUAUUGCUACAAGAAACGCAAAGACUCUAAGAAAGCUCCUGGUGCUUUUGUCGUACACCCAAGAGAUAUAUCUGGCUCAAAUAACAUUGUCAAAAUUACUGUUUCUAGCGACAUGGAUGGGUCUUAUCAAACUGGGUCUAACUACGAGCACAGAGUAAACGGUGGAUUACAAAAUACCCAUGUAAUUGAGGACGGAAAUGCAGUCAUCUCCGUUCAGGUUCUUCGCAAGGUAACUGAUAAUUUUGCACCAAAAAAUGAACUUGGGCGUGGAGGUUUUGGAGUAGUAUACAAGGGAGAACUAGAAGAUGGAACCAGAUUGGCAGUUAAAAGAAUGGAAGCAGGGGUAGUUAGUAACAAAGCAGUGGAUGAAUUUGAAGCUGAAAUUGGUGUUCUUUCCAAGGUUCGACACCGGCAUCUAGUUUCGCUUCUUGGGUACUCUGUUGAAGGCAAUGAGAGGCUUUUGGUCUAUGAAUAUAUGCCUCAAGGGGCUCUAAGCAUGCAUCUCUUUCGUUGGAAGAAACUAAAUCUAGAGCCCUUAUCUUGGAAAAGAAGGCUUACUAUUGCUUUAGAUGUUGCCAGGGGAAUGGAAUAUCUUCAUAAUUUGGCACACCAGAGCUUCAUACAUCGUGACCUGAAAUCUUCAAAUAUACUUCUUGGGGAUGACUUUAGAGCAAAAGUUUCUGACUUUGGAUUAGUAAAACUGGCCCCUGAUCGAGAGAGGUCUGUUGCAACUAGGCUUGCUGGAACAUUUGGAUACCUUGCACCGGAAUAUGCUGUGACAGGCAAGAUCACAACUAAAGCUGAUGUUUUCAGUUUUGGAGUUGUGUUAAUGGAACUUUUAACUGGAUUAAUGGCACUUGAUGAACAACGUAGCGAGGAAAGCAGGUAUCUCGCUGAGUGGUUUUUACAGAUAAAACCGGACAAGAAGAAGCUAAAUGAUGCUAUUGAUCCAACUAUUGACGCAAAGGAAGAAAUUUUCGAUAGCAUUUCCAUUAUAGCUGAUCUGGCCGGACACUGCACUGCGAGGGAUCCAAAUCAUCGGCCAGAUAUGGGACAUGCAGUUAAUGUGCUGGGUCAAUUGAUUGAGAAGUGGAAGCCUUUUGAUAGUGAAACAGAGGACUAUUCUGGCAUAGAUUACAAUCUACCUCUGUCAGAAAUGCUGGAGGGAUGGAAGGAAUCAGAAACCACUAAUUCCAAAAACUCUGAUUUACAGGAUAGCACUGGAAGCAUACCAAAUAGACCAGCUGGAUUUGCAGAUUCCUUUACAUCUUCCGAUGCCCGAUAGUGAUAGUAAGAGUAUUCUGAAAGAAAUUUGUUUCUUGACUGCUUUCUUUGUAAAUUCAGUCUUUCAUAUGAGUUUCAAUGUUGGGUGCUGAUACAUGUACAUAGUUGUACACUGUAUCUGCAUUCUAGUUUUGUGCGCAAAAUAUUGCCAUCUUUCCAGCGUCUUAAAUCACAAUGUAGUAUGUGCAUGUCAUGCACAAGGGCUUACAACUAUAAAUGUGCAUGUAUCACUGUUCUUGUUUUUUCCUUGAAAAAAUUUGGUGACCUCGAGACCUAUCUCGUAGUCUGCCUGGGCAUUACAUAUCCAAGAUAGUAGAGUUUGUGUGUUUCUAAGCGUGCAAGAUAUGAAAAUUAUGAAUUUCAAUCAUGUUUUACCCA